AUGAAGCGCAGCGCAGCUGUCAAGUUAUUUCGCAAAGAACUUGUUUCCAGGCACGCCGACCUCUCUCGCUCUUCUGUUGAGAUGACAUUUGUGGCUCUGGUGACAGCGUUCUGCGCGGUUCUCCUGACCGUCUAUCCAGCGGGCAUUUUUAAUAUAGGUUAUCGCGACAAUGGCGUAUUGUCCUCUACGUCGUUCCACAUAUUCGUACAAGCCGCGGCAUCUCUACCAGUUGGGCAUGAUCAAAACCCACCACGACAACAGGUAGUUGGCUACAGUGCCGCACCAGAAGCAGUCGGUGCGACGGGCGGGGGCCGAAGUUCUACUACUAGCCGAGGAGGGCCUGCUGGGUCUCCACCUCCGGCGAGGCAAAGCCUCUACCUCGCGCAUCAUGCAAGCCGUGUCCUCGAUCUCGGCCCGGACUUUGUGCAUGGGCAACAGGUUCAAAUGGGAUACUUCGAGUUCUUUCCAAGCACGAGCACUGGGAUGUUGACCAGUCCCAGUGCAAGAACCGCGGGUGGAGGAGCUGCACUACACGCGCUGGCGGAACAAGAUAGGUGGAGCGACAAGACUGAAACUGACGGACAGGAAUUCCUGCAGGGGCCAAGACUUCCCCCGACAAGAUCUACAAGUUCCCGAAGCCGAGAAGGAGGACGAGCAUCUUCUCUCUCCCGAAGCAUGAUUGAUGUUUCUGCGAUUACAGCAGGCGCAUCACCGCACAACCCGCCGAAUGAGGCACAUCAUGGAACAAGAGGACAGGUAGAAGAAGAACUUCGGUCGACGAGGCGGCGCUGGACCGGGCGGCACGUGUUCCUGCAGGGCGGUAGAAGUUCCGCUGCAGCCUCAAGGCUCGCGGACGAUGAAACCACUGGGAGUUCUCGUCCUGGUGCUAUAACUACUGGAGAUGAGCGUCUUCAUCUCCAAAAUGUUGACGGCCAACAACACUUUCGCGCAGCCAUGCUGGAGCGGCUCACCGAGGGUGGGCGUAUUCCGCCCAAAGAAUUCCUGGCGGAGCACUACGCAAACCAACUCGCGAAAGACAAAAAGCCGAAAAUUGCCAUCAAUUUGAAGGACAUCGAACACCACUGCGGCAUUUUGAACCAGUUCUUCGCGUACACUAUCGCGGCCCAGUUCAAGUGGAACGGCGGGCCUGAUCCGAAGAACCCGAGGAGAAACAAGCGGAGUCCGGUACUGACGAAGGAAGUCGGAAAAGAAGUGAUCCGCUUGUUGUUGAGCGGGUACAUGGAACUGAACCGCGCGCACGACGCCGACGAUAAAUUGUUGAAGGAAGAGAAAUAUCCUGUGCAAAAGUAUCGUAUUCGUAUAAGUGCAAGUCUUGCAUUACAAAUUUUUUUCUCAAGGUAAAUCAGCAUUACAAGUUCCAUUUCUCAUGCUGAGAAAAUUUGUAAUGCAUUUAUACGAGUACGAUACUUUUGCAGUUCAUAAGAAACGGUUGCUGGAGAAGCGAAAACGAAAGCUGCUAUUGAGGAAGGAGAAAAUGAAAAGCACCGGUGGAACAAGGGCCGGUGUAGAAGAAGGCUCUUCUGAUUUAUUCCUUACCAGCAUUCCGCAGUCGCUGGCAGCAAAAAAGCGCGAGGUGGAAGAGGAAAGACGGCAGGAAGAGGCUAGUAGUUUGACUCUCAUUCGACGUCCAGCAGGAGCUUCUGAAAUGGACCCUGACGGCACCAGAACUAAUGUAUGCAAUGCAAAUAUGUUCUUUGGCUCUACUGGAACAAGGACGCAAGAACUUGUGAUGCUAGUACCUUUGGAUAAUUCCAACAAAAUUUGUCUUGCAUGAUCAGGCAGACGUCGAGUCCAGUUUUUUUUACGCGAAGAGCAGGGCAUUUCUCAUGCGGGACAGGCAUCAACGAGUCCUCGGAAAAUCUAUGACGCUAAGGCAUAUACAUCACAGAUAUCACGGAUUUUUUUGCAAAAUGUGCAUGACAAACUUGGGCUCUUCCAGACCCAGCCAUAUUAGCAGUUGAUAUAACGUCGACCUCCGCAAUUUUGGUUACGACGCCAGAGAUCAACGGGUCGACAUCUGGUUUCGCAUCGGUCCGAAAGCGAUCCUGAGUGGCGUUCUGGACGGUCCUCCGACGCUCCCGGCAGGAGGUGGUCGCUGGACGAGCGCCGAGUACAUCAACAUUGGCACAAGUUCUACAGAAAACGAUCAUGUUGAAAAACUCCCCGACAUCGUCCCGACUGACCUGAUUUUCCUGAAAACGGAGCAGUCCAAGCUGAAAUGUUUUCCGGGUCGUGCAGGGCCUACAGAUGUUGGUCAAGAUGAAGGUGGUAAAGCAGGUAGUUCUCGAGGAGCAGCCACUACCCAGGACGCUGCACGCACAGCUGCAACUUACGAGCUGUUCAGCCCGGCAGCGCGGAAACUUGCCACGGCGGGCAACUACCAGUCCGCCCCCUCGGUGGGCUUUUUGCUGCAGCGCGCCUACGGCCUCAGCCAAACGUUCCACGGCCGGUUGGACAGACACGAGGCGCGAAAGAAAAAAUCGGAAGAGGACAGCGACGACGAGGGGGAUUUGUUUGAAAACGGAGUGUAUGCAUUGCAAAACUAUAUCGUACUACUACUAAUAUAAGUAACAGCAACAGCAUGACAAACAAUUUCACAUCUUUCGGCUUGCACGUUGAAAAAUGCAAGUCAUCAUCCUAGAUAAGCCUAAGGUAGAGGUUUAGAUUUCCAUUUGUCAUGCAUGGCUGCGAUUUAUAGCAGGAGUGCGAUCCUUUUGCACAGGAUAGAGUGCGCGAAGAGCUGGAUAAGCUGCUGGAAAUUGCGGUUUUGGAGAUGAUAUCGAAUGCAAAGAAAUAUGUCUGGGUCUGGAAGGAUGCGAUGCAACUUGCAGUGCGCAUUUUGGAUCAAAGUCAGACAAAAAUCCGUUAUCGUUAUGCAUGGACAGGAAAAUAAGAACAAGCUUACAACUUCUCGCCAUCUACAUCUUCAAAAAAAUCUGGAACCUUUCAUGCGGGAUACUAGGUUGGAAGAUGGUAUAAUUGGGAAUGGGAAACCUUCGCAAAACAUGUGAUGCCAACAUGAGUGCUUGCAUGCCAGAGCUUCUGGGGCAUGCAAAAACUGCAUUAAAAAGUCCACACUGUUGUUCCAGGCCCAGACACAUAAUUUGCAGUGCAUAAAUGAACUACCUGAAGCAGCCCGAGUCGGUUGGCUACCACUCCUAUUGGUCCAUGUACGGUGAGGGCCGCCUCGGGGCGGCGGCGGGAAAGAAGUUGGUAGCCUCUGCACAUCCGGGCGAGCUUGUCGAAGUGGGGCAGACGAAGAUGUUGAAGAACAAAAAGAAUCAAGACGAGAUCAUUGUAGAAGUACAAGAAGCAAGACCUGACUGCGCAAUGUCGUCCGUCGAUGAACUGACUGCGUCAACACCGUGCGUCGUCUGCGACUCACCUGCAGUGCGGUCCGAAGAAGGGCUGCAAGGGGCGUGGCAGGUAGUGGACCAAUACGCUUUAGGACUUGAAAAGCCAACAGAGCACGCGGACGUGGCCAUGCAAGAACUCCCUGUUCUACCGGGACUACAGCAAGUGGAGCCAGGACCACGAGGGCCCCCGCCCGCUCCGCCUAGCACAACGACGACCAGGAGAGAAGUGGCGCAACUAAGUCAGACCGAAACUCUUCACCCCGGCCAGACCGUGGUUCUCCACGGGCUGAUAUGGAUUGCAAAAAUGUCUGGGUCUGGAAGAAUGCAACUUGUGAUGCUGCAUUUGGAUUCAAAAAAAAUCUGUAUUGCAUGAGUAGCAAAAGGAGUAUAAUUCUUGCUACAAGGAUAGGGCAUUUGUCAUGCGGAAUAGGCAUCAAGAUGCCCUGAAAAAAUCUGUGAUGCUAGGGCAUGCAUCACAGACAUCAUGGCCCAUGCAAAACAUGCAUGACAAGUCUCAGAAUCUUCCAGACCCAGACAUUUUUACAUUUGAUAGCUGAAAAGCCCAACCGGCGCGAAGCUGAACGGAAAAAAGGGCACUGUCGUCGGUUUUGACGAGCCCUCCGGCCGUUGGGCGGUGAAGUUCUUUGAUGCAGGAGAGCAGGCGGGGAAAAGGUUCAAGGCGGAAAAUUUAGCGGGAGUUGUGCCGGAAGAUUUUUGUUCAUCUGCAGGUUCUGUGCCACCUGCUGCUCCUACAACGCCGACUGUUCCCCCCGUAGCUGCGAAUGGUUCUGCAGUACACGACCGUCACGAGGAACAAUACGGGAAUGAUGAUGACGUUGCCAGCGCCUACCUGUGGAGCGGAGUUGGCGGAAAAAUCGACACAAGUCCUCUAGUUGGUACUGGUGUUACAGCAGCAGCAGAUGAGGCGGCUCCUGGCCGCGGUAGAAGAAGUGCAAGAACCAACUCUCCUCCUGCGCUUCUGCGCUUGCCAAGCAAUCCACGCAGCCACGUGCUGUCCCGGCGGCAGUACUCGGGGGCUACUACAGGGCGAGGCGCUCAACAUGAUCUUGAACCAAGAAGGGAAGAUCUUAAUUAUGCUGCCUUGAGAACAUUUCUCCACAUGGACCAGAUGGAUCGCAGGAGCAUCCGCGACGAUCUAGCUGUUUUGCUAGGCCUACAUGCGGACGACGAUGUGGGAAUCCAACAGGAACUACAAACCAGCCUCGGCGCCCUGGGGAGGCCAACCACGCCAGGGGAGGGGCAGGCACCGGAAGGUGGAGGUGGAGGUGUUGUUUUCUCUACUGCAGCACGGGAUCAGCGGUACUGGAACUCGUUGCGCGAAGAGAUGCCAGCGAGACAACUGCCGGAGCUAGUAUUACCCUGAUGGUGGAGCACAGUUGUAGUGUAGACUGACACGACUCAAUUACCCGGGCGCAGUGGCGGAUCGAGUUGAGUAUUUGUGGCCUCGAUGUUAUUUAUUGAUGGCAGGCGAUUCCGGUCACAGCUCUUACUAGUUACAUACGCUUAUUUCAUUUAUGCCCUGGAUGAGCUCUUUGCUACUAGUAUGAUUUCUUGUACGAAUACGAUUUCUGUUUUUCAUUAGAUUGUCUUCUGUGCUGAACAGGAUGACUUUAUGACGUUCUGUUUUCCUGCGUUUUUUUGUUCAUAGACUCCGACUGCGGAUAUUACUCAGGCCUGCUGAAAUAAAUUGGAUGGAACUACCAAGCAAAUGCAAAUUUUGGCUUGUAAAUGCUUGGCGACUUUUUCGCAGAAUGGAUUUUGGUGCCCUGGAAAAGGCAGCACUGGCGACGUGCCGUCGUGGAAGGUAGAAGACAUAUCAAAACGAAGUGCAUCAAAUGAAGACGCUUCUUGAAAUUUCUGCGCCCACAAGAGGGAGACGAGGAAGGUUGUUCGCCCCGGUUGUUUAUUGUAUCCUUCUGUAUCCGAAUCCGCCCUUUUGGUGUAUAAGGGUCGGCAGAAUGAAGCUCGCCCUUCGUUC